AUGAUGAUUGGCGCGGGUAUCUAUUCUACACCUGCUUCUAUCUUGAAUGGUACUGGCUCCGUCGGCGCCAACUUCAUCUAUUGGACCCUUGGUUGCGUGCUGUGCCUUGCAUCCGGUGCGGUAUAUCUCGAAUUUACGGCGUACUUCCCCAGUCGGUCAAGAUCUGAGGUUGUCUUCCUCGAACAAGACUAUCCCCGCCCGAUGUGGCUGUUUCCAACUACAUUUGCAGUCCAGAGCGUCAUUCUCUCUUUCGGAAGUGCCAACGCCACCGUCAUGGCGAACUAUCUUAUCGUCAUCUCAGGACAUGAGGGCACAAACUGGCAGAUCAAGGGCACCGCCCUGGCCUGCUAUAGCCUGGCCACAUUAAUAUGCAUACUGGUUUUCAACACAAAGUAUGCAUACUGGUUCUCCAAUGGCGUUGGCAUCGUGAAUUUCUGCACUUUGCUCUUUGUAACCAUCACCGGUUUCGUCGUACUCGGUGGUGGCAACCGAGUCGAGAAUCCCACCGCCAAUUUCCAGGAUGCUUGGUCCGGGAGCAAGACAGCCAGCGCUUAUGGCAUGACAACAGCUCUUUAUCGCUUUAUUUUCUCCUACGGCGGCUAUAAUAAUGCUUUCAACGUCGCUAACGAAGUCAAGAACCCUGUGAGAUCACUCAAGAUCUACGCGACGGCGGCUUUGACAACGGUGUAUAUCCUGUACAUGUUCGCCAAUGUUGCGUUCUUUGCCGCUGUACCUAGGGAACUACUAGAGAAAUCCGGCCUUACUGUGGGCCAGCUUAUUCUUUACACAAGUCUUCGGCAACAGUGGCGCUUCAUUAUCGGGUUGUCUCGACGCAUCAGAGAGUGUGGUCGACAGGGUGUCUUGCCAUACACGAGGUUCUGGGUUUCUACAAAGCCCUUCGGUACCCCUCUUGGACCUUAUCUUGUCAUUUGGUUUCUCACAGCUCUGAUGAUUCUGGCGGUCCCUGCCGGAGAUGCAUUUACCUUUGUGAAUGAUCUCGGAGUUUUCCCUUCGGCCGCCUUCAACUUGGCCAUGGCUGUGGGUAUCUAUGUUGUCCGCUGGCGCCGUAGAAAUGCCAACCUCCCGGAGCCUGAGUUCAAAGCUUGGCUUUACCUCGACAGCAAUUCCUCAUAUCAGAAAGCAAUUCAUUCGAUAGUUACAUGA